CCAACCGAAAAAUCCUGGUCGCCACUGGCUCAUUUUCCUUGUCAAAAAUUUCAACAACUCAACCCCGAAAGAGAAACUACUGAGAGAAAGACAGACAGAUACUCAACUAAAAGGUUAAAAAUCCAAUAACUGAAAACCCCUUCGUCUUCCCGCGCCUCGAUUUCCUAUCUCCUAUAUAUCUGUUAUCUAUACAUAACACACAUCAGCCCAAAGAUUGGGGAUUUGAAAACACGACACGGUCAUGUCUCAGCCAUCGGUGCCACCGCCGCUGGCCUCACAACCACCACCGCCGCCGCAGUCACAUGGCGGGGGCGUCCAAGUACGGUGCGCUGGUUGCCGGAUGAUCCUGACGGUGGCACCAGGGCUUGUGGAUUUUGUCUGUCCAGCAUGUCAUAUGCAUCAAAUGCUGCCGCCGGAGCUGAUGAGUAGGCUCCACAACAACCUCCAGCAGAAAAACUCACAACAACAAGUGCCGGCGCACGGCAUCGAUCCGACUAAGAUCCAGCUUCCUUGUGCUAAUUGCAAGGCUAUUCUUAAUGUGCCCCAUGGCCUAGCUCGGUUUGCUUGCCCGCAGUGCGGGGUCGAUCUCGCCGUGGAUUUGUCUAAACUUAAGCAGUUAUUUCCUCCUCCCCCUCUGGCUCCUCCGAGAAUGCUGCCUCUUCCCGAGGAAGUAAACGAGGUAGCCAUUGAAGUGGAGCGAGAAGAGGAUGAAGGUGGUACAGUGGGAGAAACAUUUACAGAUUAUCGACCUCCAAAACUAUCUAUAGGACCCCCACAUCCUGAUCCAAUUGUUGAGACAUCGUCCUUAUCUGCAGUACAGCCGCCCGAACCCACAUAUGAUCUAAAAAUCAAGGAUGAUUUGGAAAAAAAUAAGGCUUUGUCUUGCUUACAGAUUGAGACAUUGGUCUAUGCUUGCCAGAGACACCUCCAGCACCUUCCCAAUGGUGCUAGGGCUGGAUUCUUUAUUGGAGAUGGAGCUGGUGUGGGUAAAGGUCGAACAAUUGCAGGGUUGAUAUGGGAGAAUUGGCUCCAAGAGAGGAGGAAAGCAUUGUGGAUUUCUGUUGGUUCAGACUUAAAGUUUGAUGCAAGAAGAGACUUGGAUGAUGUGGGUGCAUCAUAUGUUGAAGUGCAUCCUUUGAACAAACUGCCGUAUUCCAAGCUUGAUUCAAAGUCUGUUGGAGUCAGAGAGGGAGUAGUAUUUUUGACUUAUAGUAGCCUUAUUGCAUCUUCUGAAAAGGGUCGUUCUCGUCUACAGCAGCUUGUUCAGUGGUGUGGAUCAGGAUUUGAUGGUCUUGUCAUAUUUGACGAGUGCCAUAAAGCAAAAAAUUUGGUGCCUGAAGCUGGAAGCCAGCCAACACGAACGGGUGAAGCAGUUCUUGAGAUUCAGGCUAGACUUCCUGAAGCACGUGUUAUUUAUUGCUCAGCAACUGGUGCUUCCGAGCCACGCAAUAUGGGUUAUAUGGUCAGGCUUGGUCUUUGGGGAGCUGGAACAUGUUUUCCUGAUUUCCAAAAGUUUCUAGGUGCUCUUGAUAAAGGAGGCGUAGGAGCACUGGAACUUGUUGCCAUGGAUAUGAAAGCAAGGGGAAUGUAUGUUUGUCGUACCCUUAGCUAUAAAGGUGCUGAGUUUGAAGUUGUUGAAGCACCUUUAGAGGCUGAAAUGAUGGAAAUUUACAAAAAAGCCGCAGAGUUUUGGGCAGAGUUGCGAGUGGAAUUGCUUUCUGCAAGUGCUUUCCUGGCUAGUGACAAACCUACUUCUAGUCAAUUGUGGAGAUUGUAUUGGUCAAGUCAUCAGCGGUUUUUCAGACACUUGUGCAUGUCGGCUAAGGUUCCUGCUACUGUAAAACUAGCUAAACAAGCAUUAACAGAAGAUAAAUGUGUGGUUAUUGGCCUCCAGAGUACUGGAGAGGCUCGAACUGAGGAAGCUGUUACUAAAUAUGGUCUUGAACUUGAUGAUUUUAUAUCUGGACCGCGAGAGCUUUUGCUGAAAUUUGUGGAAGAAAAUUAUCCUUUGCCUGAGAAACCUGAACCUCUAUCAGGAGAGGAAGGUGUUAAAGAACUUCAACGGAAGAGGCACUCAGCAACACCUGGUGUUUCACUGAAAGGGAGAGUUAGAAAAGUUGCAAAAUGGAAACCAGCAAGUGAUGGUGAAAGUGAUGAAGAAUCUGAAACUGACUCUGCACCCGAAUCCACUGAAUCUGAUGAUGAGUUCCAGAUAUGUGAGAUUUGCAAUGGGGAAGAGGAAAGGAAGAAAUUGCUUCGAUGUUCUUGUUGUGGCCAACUUGUCCAUUCUACAUGUUUAGACCCACCUAUUACAGGUUUAGUAUCUGAAAACUGGUCAUGUUUCUCGUGCAAAGAAAAAACAGAAGAAUUUCUUCAAGCAAGGCAACGCUAUCAUGCUGAACUCUCGGAGAGAUAUGAAGCAGCUUUAGAGCGCAAGUCAAAAAUUUUGGAGAUAAUUCGUUCAUUUGAUCUCCCGAAUAAUCCUUUGGAUGAUAUUAUUGAUCAGCUUGGAGGCCCUGAUAAAGUUGCUGAAAUGACUGGGAGGAGAGGCAUGCUUGUAAGGGCCUCUAGUGGAAAAGGUGUAACUUAUCAGGCACGAAACACAAAGGAUGUCACCAUGGAAAUGGUCAACAUGCAUGAAAAGCAACUAUUUAUGGAUGGUAAGAAAUUGGUCGCUAUCAUUUCGGAGGCUGGUUCAGCUGGUGUCUCUUUGCAGGCUGACAGAAGAGCAAUAAACCAGAAACGAAGGGUUCAUUUGACACUAGAACUUCCUUGGAGUGCUGACCGGGCAAUUCAACAAUUUGGAAGAACUCAUCGUUCAAAUCAAGCUUCUGCACCUGAGUAUAGGCUACUUUUUACUAACCUUGGUGGAGAACGUCGGUUUGCAUCUAUAGUUGCCAAGAGAUUGGAAUCUCUUGGAGCAUUGACACAGGGAGACCGCAGGGCUGGGCCAACUUUGAGUGCUUAUAACUAUGAUAGUGCUUAUGGGAAAAAAGCUUUGAUGGUGAUGUAUAGAGGAAUAAUGGAGCAGGACAUCCUGCCAGUUGUACCUCCUGGAUGUUCAUCUGAAGAACCAGAGACAGUUCAAGAUUUUAUUAUUAAAGCUAAAGCUGCUCUUGUGGCUGUUGGAAUUGUUAGAGACUCUGUUCUUGGUAAUGGGAAAGAUUAUGGGAAGUUAUCUGGACGCAUAAUUGAUUCAGACAUGCAUGAUGUUGGACGUUUCCUCAAUCGACUCUUAGGACUGCCGCCUGAAAUUCAAAAUAGGUUGUUUGAGUUGUUUGUAAGCAUAUUAGAUCUUCUUGUUCAGAAUGCACGGAUUGAAGGGAAUCUCGAUUCUGGGAUAGUGGAUAUGAAAGCUAACCUUAUCGAAUUACAAGGAACUCCAAAGACAGUUCAUGUUGAUCAAAUGUCAGGAGCAUCAACAGUUCUUUUUACCUUUACUUUGGAUCGUGGAAUAACAUGGGAGUCUGCGAGUACUAUGCUCGAGGAGAAGCAAAAGGAUGGUCUCGGCUCUUCCAAUGAUGGAUUCUAUGAAUCUAAGAGGGAAUGGUUGGGAAGACGUCAUUUCAUUUUAGCAUUUGAAAGUCCUGCUUCUGGAAUGUUCAAGAUUGUCAGGCCUGCUGUUGGGGAAUCAGUGAGGGAAAUGCCUCUGGCAGAAUUAAAAAAUAAAUAUCGAAAAAUAUCGUCUACAGAGAAGGCUCAGAGUGGCUGGGAAGAAGAAUAUGAAGUUUCAUCUAAACAGUGCAUGCAUGGGCCCAAUUGUAAGGUUGGCAACUUCUGUACUGUUGGAAGAAGACUACAGGAAGUUAAUGUUUUAGGUGGCCUUAUUCUUCCUGUGUGGGGCACUAUUGAGAAAGCCCUAUCUAAGCAGGCACGUCAAAGCCAUAAGCGGCUUCGAGUUGUGCGUUUAGAAACCACCACAGAUAACCAGCGCAUAGUUGGUCUUCUUGUCCCAAAUGCUGCAGUGGAAUCUGUGCUGCAAGAUCUAGCAUGGGUUCAAGAUAUUGAUGAUCAAGAUUGACAUUAGUCCUUAGAUUGGUAGACACCGUCAACAGUUGCAAUUGCGCAGAUAUAAGCAUGAGCCUCAUACUGAAAGAGGAUAGAUAGAGUCAUUUUCUGCACCACAAUGAAAUUGUGCAGUCUCAUUUUUUGGUUUUCUUUUUUUGGCUUCAUUUUUGGCUCAAUUUUUCAGCACAUAAUUUUGUAUAUCCCUAACAUCUCUGCUGAUUGCAGAUGACAGAAGGACAAUAAUAGGUUACCAGGUUGUAUUAUUCAUAGCUCUACUUGAACCAGUUUGUAAAACAAUUUACAAAUCAGUAAAAUUUAUAGUUCAAAGAAAUUAAUUUUUUA